CGAUAAAGGUUGAGUGCCGCGCGCCGGGGGCCGUGGGGAGGGAGCGCGCCCCCGCCCCCGCCCCGCCCGGGCCCGCGGCUCCCGCAGCGCCGUGCCGGGCCCCGCUUCCCGUCGGCCCCCGCGGGGAGGGCCUGGGCCUCUCCCUGACGCCCCCUCCCUGGCCGGGGCCGCAGGUGUGAUGGCCGGCUCCCACGUGGACAUGGCGCCAGCUGCCACCACCGAGGGAACUGGGGAGAAGCCAGGCCCCACGGCCCCGGCACCCACCCCUGCUGCCCAGUAUGAGUGCGGAGAGUGUGGCAAGUCGUUCCGGUGGUCAUCUCGGCUCCUGCACCAUCAGCGCACGCACACGGGCGAGCGGCCCUAUAAAUGCCCGGACUGCCCCAAAGCCUUCAAGGGUUCCUCAGCCCUCCUGUACCACCAGCGGGGCCACACGGGCGAGCGGCCCUAUCAGUGCCCUGACUGCCCCAAAGCCUUUAAGCGCUCCUCCCUGCUGCAGAUCCACCGCAGUGUGCACACGGGCCUGCGGGCCUUCACCUGCGGCCAGUGUGGCCUGGCCUUCAAGUGGUCGUCCCACUACCAGUACCACCUGCGACAGCAUACGGGUGAGCGGCCCUACCCGUGCCCCGACUGCCCCAAGGCUUUCAAGAACUCGUCCAGCCUGCGGCGCCACCGGCACGUGCACACCGGGGAACGCCCUUACACCUGUGGCAUUUGCGGCAAGAGCUUCACACAGAGUACCAAUCUGCGGCAGCACCAGCGGGUGCACACCGGCGAGCGCCCAUUUCGCUGCCCGCUCUGCCCCAAGACCUUCACACACUCUUCCAACCUGCUGCUGCACCACCGCACCCACGGCCCCGCCCCCGGCUCCACCCCUACCCCUGCGGGCGAGGCCAGCAGAGCCAGCACCAAGGUCCUGGUCUCUGACGCCUACCUGCAGCCGGGCAGUCCACCUGCACCCCACACCCCGCCCCCUCCGCCACCGCCCGUAGUGCCCGAGCUCUUUCUGGCCGCCGCCGAGACCACGGUGGAGCUGGUGUUCCGCUGCGAUGGCUGCGAGCAGGGCUUCAGCAGCGAGGAGUUGCUCUUGGAGCACCAGCCCUGCCCAGGUCCCGCCGUGGCUGCCCAGCCCCAGGACGUGCCUGCUGAGCUGCCCCAGGCCGACCCCCCUGUGCCACAGCCCCCGCCUGCCCCCGCGGGCACGCCUAACUUCGCUUGCCUUCCUUGCGGGAAGUCCUUCCGCACCGUGGCUGGCCUGUCCCGCCACCAGCACAGCCACGGCGCGGUCAGCGGGCAGGCCUUUCGCUGCGGCAGCUGCGAUGGCGCCUUCCCACAGCUGGCCAGCCUGCUGGCUCACCAGCAGUGCCACGUGGAGGAGGCGGCAGCAGGACGCCCACCCCCUCCGGCUGAGGCCGCCGAGGUCACCUGUCCCCAGGAGCCUCUGGCCCCAGCCACUCCUGCUCCACCCCCGCCCCCACCCGCCCCCGUCUCCGCAGAGCGGCCGUACAAAUGUGCUGAGUGUGGCAAGGCCUUCAAGGGUUCUUCCGGGCUGCGCUACCACUUGCGGGACCACACGGGCGAGCGGCCCUACCAGUGCGGGGAGUGCGGCAAAGCCUUCAAGCGCUCCUCCCUGCUGGCCAUCCACCAGCGAGUGCACACGGGCCUGCGGGCCUUCACCUGCGGCCAGUGUGGCCUCACCUUCAAGUGGUCGUCCCACUACCAGUACCACCUGCGACUGCACUCGGGCGAGCGGCCCUAUGCCUGCGGCGAGUGUGGCAAGGCCUUCCGGAACACAUCGUGCCUCCGGCGCCACCGGCACGUGCACACUGGCGAGCGGCCCCACUCCUGCAGCGUGUGCGGCAAGAGCUUCGCACAGACCUCCAACCUGCGGCAGCACCAGCGCGUGCACACGGGCGAGCGACCUUUCCGCUGCCCGCUCUGCCCCAAGACCUUCACGCACUCCUCCAACCUGCUGCUGCACCAGCGCACCCAUUCUGCCGAGCGCCCUUUCGCCUGUCCCAUUUGUGGCCGAGGCUUUGUCAUGGCCGCCUAUCUGCAGCGGCAUCUGAGGACGCACACCCCAGCCACAGCAACUUCGGGCCCCGCCGGCCCUGCCGCCCCACAGCCCCCAGCCCCAUUGGCUGCAGCUCCGGCUGCACUGGCGGCCCAAGAUGUUCACGUUCUCCCUCACCUGCAAGCCACACUUUCACUUGAAGUAGCUGGGACCGCAGCUCAGGCUACGCCCACGGCCCCAGCUGUCCCCAACUCCCAGACGUUUCUCCUGGUGCAGACUGCCCAGGGCCUGCAACUGAUCCCUAGCAGUGUCCAUCCCCCUACCCCUCCACCCCCGCCCCCACCCCCCAAGCUCAUCCUGCUGCCUCCCGCCAGUGCUGGGAGUAUGGGCAAUGGUGCUGCUAGGCAGGGCCCUCGGGCCGUGGGGAAAGCUGCACAGGGGACAGGGGUAGUGUGGCUUCCAGGUCCAAGUGGUCUGGGGAUGCAGGGAGGGGGCAAUGCGGGGGCGAGUGGGGGAGGGCAGAGCCUCAUUGUUCUGCAGAAUGUAGGGAGUGGGGAGACAGGGCCACAGGAAGUGAGUGGGGUUCAGCUUCAGCCAGCACAGGAAGUGGCCACGGUCCAACUGCAGCCCGCACAGGAAGUGACCACGGUUCAGCUCCAACCAGCGCAGGAAGUGACUACCGUCCAGCUCCAGCCCCUGACAGGCCAAGUCUCCAGUCCUAAUGGAGGAGCUGUGGCUACAGACACUCCAAACCUGCUGGUGGUCCAGAGCGGGGCUGCUGACGAGUUACUGCCUGGACCUGGGGAGGUGGGGGACACUGAGGCCAGUGCCAGUGUGGUCCAGGAUGUACUGUUUGAAACCCUGCAGACAGAUGAGGGGCUGCAGAGUGUGCUGGUGCUGAGCGGAGCUGAUGGCGAGCAGACCAGGCUGUGUGUGCAGGAGGUGGAAACCCUUUCCCCCGGACUGACAGAGCCAGCUGCCACUGGCCCACCAGGACAGAAGCUCCUCAUUAUUCGCAGCGCUCCAGCUACUGAUCUGCUGGAGAAUAGCGGUGCGGCAGGAGCCGGGGCUGCAACCCUGCAGCUCCUGGCCCCGCCAGCACCUGGCCCGCCGUCCACCCCUGUGGGGGUGCCUGUAGCUCCCGCCUCCCAGAUGGUACAAGUGGUCCCUGCAGUGGCUGGCCCGGGGGUCAUGGCCCCCCAGAGCUUGCCCUCCAUCCAGAUUGUGCAGACUCUGCCUGCAGUCCAGUUGGUACACACAUUUUGAAGAGACCCACUAGACAACCCUCCCCCCACACCCCACAACUAACUGUACUCCUCAGCUGGGCUGGGGUCGGUCCCAGAGUCAAGGGGGCUGCUGGCUGGGCUUGCUAAUAAAGACAGAGUCUCUU